AUGGCAGCCAGCAAGCCUGCAAGUUUUGCACCCUUCAGCCGAGAUGUUGUGGGCCGCUUGCCCUCGUCAUUCUGGAAUGCACUUCGGGAACGUGCUGAACUUUGGCACAAUGCAUAUUCUGAGACUUUGAACUACGAAAAGGCCUUCAAGCAAGUCCUCAUGAAGCUCGCAGCCAAAAACACCUCGCUUCUUCCCGAUGAGCUCAAAUCCUUGGAGUCGUUCCCAUCGGAGGUGGGGCCGGGCGGCCGAAGCCUUUGGGGCUUUGCCUUGGCAAACUUCUCGGACGAGACGGCCUCUUGA